CUUGCAGUGUAGAUCUUUUAGUUGCUUUCGUUUUGUCAUUCCAAUUCUCUCUUUCUUUUCCCUAGAGAGAGACAGGAGAAAGAAGAAGCUAAGAGAUACAAUCCGACUUAUAGAAGGAUAUAUCCAUUUACCUACACAUUAAAGCAGAAGGUCACAGUGGCAUUCCAUCAUGGGUAACAGUCAUUCAAACGACUCGUCCCGCAUGAUGGUUGGAGAUAGGAUCAGCGACCAUUUUACUACACAGGAAGAACUGGAUUAUACAUUUGAACAGAUUGUGGCAUCAUUGGAUCUACCAGAUGAUAAGAAAAGUGUUGUAUUAAACAGCUCAGAGGAGAAGAAAAAGUUAAUGGUGAGGGAUCACAACAGGAGACAGACCCACCAUCAGUUCCCACCAAAAUUCUACAUAUCAAAAUUUGCUCAUGUACUCGAAGCUGAAAACAUCAAAAAAGCAAGGAAGCGAUCACAAGACACUGUGCAGUAUUUAAGAGGCUUGGAAAUAUCUCUUAGGACCAAUAAAAUAAGCUGGGUCCAGGAUUUUUUAGCAGACAAUAAUGCCGGUUUACAAAAACUUGUACAAUAUAUGAAGUUCCGUUAUGACUUGGAAAAGAAAGGUAAACUCAAGGCACUCACCAGAAGAGGAUCGUCCACUUUAGGACGGGCUCACAGUCUUGACAGCGGCAUCAAUGCAUCAUCUUCACUAUCACUUCCUCCCCCUAAUCAAAUUAAUCCGCUAUAUAGUUUAUUAAAUGGAGGGGGCCCCCCGGGUCCAGGGAGAGGUGGAGGGAAAGACGUAGUUGUAGCUGAGACUUCUGAUGUUCACGUUUGUGUCCUUUGUAUGAAGGCUCUGAUGAAUAAUGCUCAUGGUUUUUCAGCCAUCAUGAAAGACAAAGAGGCUGUCUCGGUCAUGGUCCUCUCCAUGUUUUUUGGAACACAAAAGACUAUAGUCACUGUGGUAGAGCUUUUAGCUGCCGUGUGUCUAGUCCGCGGCGGCCAUCUUAAAGUGCUAGAAGCAGUCGACACGUUCAAGAGAGAGUUCAACGAGCAGAGACGGUUUGAGUCUCUUCUGAAAUACUUUAUGGAUUUCAAGUCAGUCUCGACCGAGUUCCAGCUCGCCUGCAUGAACUUCAUCAACGUUGUUGUACACUCGGCAGAAGAUGUCAACUUUCGGGUACACCUCCAAUACGAGUUCACUGAAUUGGGACUGGAUGAGUAUUUACAGUUUUUAAAGGUCUCUCGUGACUCUGCUCCUCAUUUACUUGACCAGAUACAGGCCUACGAGGAGAACUAUUUCAACGUUGAGCAGCUGGUGGAGGAAUCACAGUCUAAACAUGAGGCACUGGCAUUGGUGGAAGCAAUGAAGAAAGAAAUGAUCGAAGUCGAGGAAAGACAUUCCGAAAUUGAAUUCCAGUCAUUGAAAAAGAUAGCUGAUCUAGAGAAGCAAGUGGCAGAGUUAAAGAGAAGUUUAGAGGAUGUUAAGAGACAAAGUGUACUAAUAGCUGAACAAGCAGCUGCAUCUCCUGUUGGCCUCCCUCCCCCACCUCCCCCUCCUCCUCCUCCUCCCCCAGGGGGAGUACCCCCUCCUCCCCCUUUACCGGGCGGAGCUCCUCCUCCUCCCCCACCUCCUCUACCAGGCGGAGCCCCUCCUCCUCCCCCUCCUCCUCUACCCGGAGGGGGACCUCCUCCUCCUCCCCCUCCCCCUGGUGGAGGGGGCGUGCCACCACCGCCACCUUUUGGGUUCGGAAAGAAAGGAAUAAAUGUUCAAGGGAAGCGUAAGAUACAAACCACUCACAAGCUACCUGUUCUCAAUUGGGUCUCUCUCCCAGCCACUCAAGUCUCUGGGACUAUCUUCAACUCCAUUGAUGAUGAGAAGAUACUCAAUUCCCUUGACUUUUCUUCCUUUGAAGAGAAGUUCAAACUCGUGUCCGGGGGGUUGUCUGGGACUACCGUGAGAACUAAAGGCUCUCCUUCUUCACAGGCUAAGGGUGCAGUGACGUCUAGUCUGGGCGGGGCAGCUGGGAGGAGCCUGGAGGCUAGUUUAUUGGAGCCAAAGAGACUACAGAAUGUUGCUAUCGCUAGAAGGAAAGUAUCUGCACCUACUGAUACAAUAAAACAGCAGAUAUAUGGGAUGGAUCUUGAGUUGUUUAGUGUAGAAAUGGCAGAGAUUUUAAUUAAAGUUUUACCAAACGACGAUGAAGUGAAGAAGUUUCAGGAAUAUCUCAAGGAUAAGAAAGACCCAAAGCUCCUCCCACCUGACGAUAAAUUCCUAUUUGACUUGUAUAAUAUUGAGAGACUGAAGCCACGCCUACAAGUUAUUAUAUUCAUGGGUAACCUUGACGACGAUUUACAGCUUGCAGCACCGCAAAUAGAUGCUGUCAUUGCUGCUUCUAAGUCGGUUCUUAAUAGUGAAAACUUCAAAAAGAUUGUGGAGGUUAUUCUGGCAUUUGGAAAUUAUAUUAACAGCAGUAAAAGGGGUGGAGUUUACGGGUUUAAAUUCCAGUCUUUUGAUAUUUUAACAGAAUUCAGAUCUCCAGCUGACAAGAAGUUCACACUGUUACAUUUCGUUGCUGACGUAUUGCGCAGUCAAUAUCCUCAUUCACUUGAUGCCAUUAACGAGUUAGCAUAUUUAGAAAAGGCAGGGUCAGUUAAUCUUGAUUUAUUGGGUGCUGAUGUAAGGGAAUUUAUUAAAGGAAUGAAAUUGGCUACUGGUGAACUCGUAAACAAUAAACAAAACAAAAAAUUAAAAAAUUUUUGUUUGGACUAUGAGCCAAAAAUAACAAAAGUUGAGGCAGACUAUCAAACAGCUAAAGAUGUUUUUACUGAGUUGGUACAAUAUUUUGGCGAGAAUCCUAAAUUAGCUCAACCAAACACGAUCUUUCCCGUAUUGCAAAGAUUCAUAGCAUCACUUAAGAAAGCUGAUUCUGAAAACAUUGAGAGAGCUAGAAGAGAAGAAAUGGCUAGACGGGCAGAAGAAGCUCAAAGGAGACAACAGCUGUUGCAGGAACAGCAGGCCGAAGAUGAAGGAGGCUUAGAAGUAUUACAGCAGGUUUAUGAUGGAGCCAUUGAUAUGUUGAUCACUGAACUUAAAUCAAAUGCUUUCAAGCCUAAGGAGUACAGAAAGAGUCGUUUGAUUUUGCCUGCAACAUCACAGUCAAGCCUUGGCCCUGAAGUACAUGUCAACACAAGGAGAUAACAUCUAUAAUGGUGUAAUAACCACAUGUAUAUUAACAACAAAUGGGUGUGUAAUUUUUUGAUUGAUUUAUUUUGUGUCUUUGUUUUUUAAUUGGAUAAUUCUCUCACAUUUUA